AUGGCCAGGAAGCGCCGGCAAGUGAAGGGAUUCAGAGAAGUGCGUCGCGGGCAGUCAGAGGACAGACCUCGUCGCCAGGGGAACAAGAAAUAUACGGAUGGACGGGAGCGGACAGGACUGGAUGGCGACGGACCGCCUCUGGAGAAGGACGAGAGAUGGCAUGGCGUCGAGGACCUGAAUCAGAGCGCAUCAUCUGACGACGCGCUACUUGCUGUGGGUGAUUUGCAAAACAGACACAAAGAGAGCAACAGCGACCUACCGGCUGGGGACCUUCCCUUCAGCCUGACCCGAAGACAUGCAGACGUGGCGUCUGUUCCUGGAUCGGUGUGCCAGACCCCGCAGGGGGAUGUCGUGCCACCGCUCGGCAAUGGUCCUUCUAGUCCCGACUCUGCUGGUGAAGAGCGGACAGCGAUUGGUAAAUUCAGGCGAAGUUCGUCGUCCAGCUUGCAAGCAGAGGCGGCGACCAGGACCGCGACGCCAGAGGCUGAAGAGCAAGCGCCAAUUUCGGACAGCAAGUACGGAAGUCUGCCAGCGAGACAGCAGAUCGUGAUGGGACAUGCUGAUUCCUCGGCCGUCCAGAGCGUGGGCAAUGCCUCGCUGUCCGACCGUGGCCGCUGUACUCCACCGCGCACUCGUCCCAGCGACUUAUGA